AUUGCUGUAGCAAAUAGGGGUGUAUUCUACACAUUACGAUAUGAUUUCAAUUCGUAGUGAUUCAGUAUUUGAUAACUGAAUCUGAUACAGCCAUCCAUCCAUCCAUUUUCUAUACCGCGUAUCCUACACAGGGUCACGGGAAGCCUGGGGCCUAUCCCAAGGGGACUCUGGGCACAGGUCAGGGGACACCCUGGAUAGGAUGAGAUUACAAUCAGCCUACAAAGCAUGUCUUUGGACUGGGGGAGGAAACCGGAGUACCCGGAGGAAACCUCAGAAGCACAGAGAGAACAUGCAAACUCCGCUGGUGAGAAACGAACCCACUCCACCACGCAGGGCGGUGUUGGGAAACGAACCCCCAACCCCGGAAGUAAAAGGCAAAUGUGCCCCCCUGAAUCUGUUACAAUAGCAUUACAUUUUGAUUCAUAAGGCAGUGAUUCAGUAUUUGAUUCAGUAUUACCACAGACUCUGCCAUGAUGUGAUACGUUAUGAUUAAAUUUGUUCAGAAUCUGUGGUAACCCUACUAAUUAACCCUAAUUAAUUUUAUGACUGAUGAUAAUGACUUCUGGGCAAAUCACCUUCCUUGCCUAUUUACAUGCUGUUAAAUCACUCCCCAAAAGCUUUUGCCCCCUAUGGCCUGGUUUUGAAAAAUGAUUCAUCGUAGAUGAGAAGUUAACACGGACAAUUUGAUGACUAAUCCCACUGUUCAUUAUUCACCUCUAAGUGCAAACCGACCCAAACUAUCUCAACAAUGUUAGCCUGUCGACAUGCCGCUGGUGGGUAAGAAUAGCCUCACAAUGGAGCUCACGUCUCUCGUUUUCUGUUGUCUGAGAGCAGUUGUCCAAGCAAGAGAAUAGGUAAGACAAGUAGCAGAGGCAGGAGCUGGGAGACUAGGCUAGGCCACUCAAUUUCAUUCCUUUUUUUAAAGACCAACUGCAGUUCUAAUUUACCUGGAGUAAAAUUCAGAGGCACGUUGUCUAGUGAGCUCCAUUUUGGAGAACCUUGAUCUGGAGUCAUGGGGAGGCAAGGAGCCUCAGAAGCUAUCUUCAUCACACUGAAUUACAACAUCACUAUUGUGGGGAAGAUAUGGCUGGUUCUAACGGUCUUCCUGCGUUUAUCAGUCUUGUUCUUGGCCGGCUAUCCGCUCUACCAGGAUGAGCAGGAGAGAUUUGUGUGCAACACUAUCCAGCCUGGUUGUGCCAACGUGUGUUACGAUAUAUUUGCACCCCUGUCACUGUUCCGCUUCUGGCUGGUCCAGCUUAUCUCCAUUAUCCUGGUUCAUGUUGUAUUUAUUGUCCACGUGAUCCACAAAGUUACAUCCAGCCUACCUCAUCCUGAUGCCUCUGACAGAAUGAAGAUGAGGUCUUUCUAUAAGAUUAAACAAGAACCUUUCCGUGAAGCAUCUCCGUCAAAGUCUAGUGUAAAAUCAGGUGUAAGACUGCUGCCUUGUUUCACAGGAGGCUACAUCUUUCACCUUUUGGUCCGGAUCCUUCUGGAAACUAGUUUCGGGGCGGCGCAUUACUAUUUGUUUGGUUUCUACAUCCCGAAGCGCUUCAUGUGUCAGCAGGCUCCUUGCACCACCACAGUGGACUGCUAUAUAUCCAGACCCACUGAGAAGACCAUCAUGCUGAAUUUUAUGCUGGGGUUGGCUGCACUGUCCCUCGUUCUCAGCCUGUUUGAUCUCGUCUGUGCCAUUAAGCAGUCAGCGAGGCACAGAAGCAUGAAGAAGAUGAUUGUGGAGAAGAUGUAUGAGGAGGAGCAAUACUUCCUUGCAGAAAGUGGAGGCACUGGUGUUGACUUUGGUGACCCUGAACAUCAAUCCUUGCUGGUCAAUGGAAGCUUCCGUAAGAGAAUCAGCAAAACCUGUGUGGAUGAUGAUGAUGCCACUCUGCAAUUAGAAGGUAAAAGUCAUCCAGGCAUCCCUCAUGGAGGAACACUUGUAGGUAUCGAUCUUGGUGUAACUAGUUCUAUCAGUGGUAAUGGAGCUGGUUGUUACCCAGUGGCACAGGAUGAGGGAACAGAGCGAGAGGGCAGUGAGAUGGCACUGUGUCCAUCUGAGCCAGUAGGCACGCCCAGGUCCAUACGGGUCAACAAGCGUAGUCGCCACAAACCUAUGCCACCUCCCAGAUGGGACAAGCCACCAAAUGAAGGGCUGCUGGAUAGCUCUGCAGCAGUGGUACCUUGUGAAAGGCUAUCGGGACAGUACAUGCUGGGGGAUAUAAGUACCGAUAGUGACGGAUACGAGAAAAGGUCAGCAUGGGUGUGAGGGUCUGGACAUGAUCCUAAUCUUAUUGGUGGCACUGUGGGAUCAGCACCAAAACAAUUUGCAUUCUAAGACAUCUGAAAAGGUUAUAUUGUUCUGAGCAGCUAAUGAAAUGUCAUAAAACAAUAAAACCCUGAUAUCUUUUGACCUUUAAUAUGAGAUGGGACUUUCAGAAGCUGUCAGUUUUGUUUUGAAGAAUUUACUCGAUUAUUUAAAUGCCACAUCGUGUGUUUGAAAAGUGAGGGAACAUAAACAAAGGUCUUAGAAUGUUUGACGACGAGGUGACUCGGAGUGGCUCUUCUGUUUCGUGGAAUGCUACCCUUUACAACUUUUGUGCCGCGACCUUCACCGUCCACCUGUUGCCUCUGUUUGUAUUAGCUCACUCGGCUUCUCCAAACACUAACCACAGAUCACCCUUGACUUGUCUUGACCUGGCUGUGUGCGUCAGGGUGAGAGGUCAUUCUAAAAGCAGGUUGGUGAUCUCCACAAUGGGCCUCCAAGGUUGAAACUGACACAAAUUCUCCACCCAGAAGACAACCAGUAUGGCUUUCCCUCCAAAAACACUAGCAUGACUUACUACGAUUAGCACGAUUGUGUUGAGAUGAUUGUAACUAGUCCAUACAAACUUUGAUUUGUUUUAUUACAUUAUUAGCAUACCAGAGACCGGUGAGUUUGACUCGCGCAGGAAUCCCCCAGCCUGAGUGCCAGGCAGAACAAUUAGCGUCAAAGCCUGGAUUUGUAUUUAUGGAGGCGGCUUGUCACAAUAUAUUCAAAGACCCAGUAGGAUUUGAGGCUGGGACUUCAGAACACAUAGAAACACUUAAAAUAGCGCGCCACAAUCCAAUGAAACAUGAGAUCUGAUGACGCCUGAUGCAACGCAACCUCUCUCGGCACGUUUCACCUCUACAGCUAAAUUAACUACAGCCUGUUGCUUUCAUCCUCCUGUCUUUUGGCACGGUCGUAUGUACUCGGAUCCGUGUCAGACCAUUUGUUCUUCAGGAGCGACUGAUAUUCCCGGCUUUGAGUUGGAAUGAGACCGCUAAAAUGACACGUAAAUUUUCCCAGUCUGAACACAUCGUGCUUUACGUACAUGUCCAAAAUGACCCUAGAUCUUUAACUAAUAAAGGAAUACAGAUUAAAAACUGUACAGAUUUUUCCAAAUCAUCCAUUUGCUUGAAUUUUGCGCUUCUGCACUGUAGUGCUUUGCUUUUUUUUUUUUUUUUUUUUUUUUUUUUUUUGGGUUUGUUAUCAAUUAAAUGGAGAAUUGAGGUAGAGAAUAAAUCGGUCUAUGACUGAAUGAAAAAGGGUUAAAUUUGUGCCAUAUAUUAACUCGGAAAGGGGUGGGGGGGGCAAAUCUGGAAGUCGGCCACAUUGUUAAGGCAGGUUUAGACUGCAUAAUUACAGCGAUCUUUUAAGAUUAUUACUUGUCACAUUGUAUGAGAUGAUCCCAAUAAAAGCUUGAUGUGUGUUAACGUGUUCUGCGUGUCAGAUCAUACAGGAAAGCUCCUCUAAGGAAAGAGUUGUGAUUACAACAGGGUUUUUUAAAAAGGCGACGCGGAUGAGUUUGAAGUCAUUUACGGCUGGUGUAAAAUUUUCGGCGGCAAAAAAAAUUCAACAAACCUUUCUUUUUUUUUUUUAAUUCUUCAUGUUUUCUU